UAUAAGUCACCCUCAAAUGUGUCCCGAAAUCAUGCAGCGAAGUGUCUCGACCCGAUAUCCAUGGAAGCCAGUAUCAACUCCCUCAUCAUCGCGGCCUUCUCGCUUUCGCUUUCUCUCUGCUUGGCCAUGGUCCAUGCCGACGCCGACCCUCUCCACACUUUCAUUGUUCAGCUCCGUCCUGACGGGCCGACCCGGCUCGCGUUCGCUUCUGAGCUCCAAUGGCACCUCUCCUUUGUCCAUGGCGCCGUCUCUCACUCUCCCGAGGAAGACCCUUCUUCUCGCCUACUCUAUUCCUACCGUUCCGCGAUGGAUGGGUUCGCCGCUCGCCUGUCUGAGUCGGAGCGGGAGAGCUUGGAGCGAAUGAGCGAUGUCGUUGCCAUUAGGCCUGACAGGGUCCUUCAAGUGCAGACUACUUAUUCCUACAAGUUCCUAGGGUUGAACCCCUCGGGAGGGGCUUGGAGUGAGUCGAGGUUCGGGCGUGGGACAAUCAUCGGCGUCCUGGAUACCGGAGUUUGGCCCGAGAGCCCGAGCUUCGACGAUCGGGGAAUGCCGCCCAUCCCCAAGAAAUGGAAGGGUGCGUGCCAAGAGGGGCAAGGCUUCAACUCUUCGAAUUGCAACCGGAAACUGAUCGGGGCCCGGUUCUUCACCAUGGGGCACCGCGUGGCUUCUCCGUCACCUUCGGCGGACGACGUGCUCGAGUAUGUCUCCCCGAGAGACUCCCAUGGCCACGGGACGCACACCUCAUCAACGGCUGGGGGAGCCUCCGUGGCAAUGGCGAGCGUGCUCGGUAAUGGGGCGGGGGUGGCCCGUGGGAUGGCCCCGGGCGCUCACAUUGCUGUGUACAAAGUCUGCUGGUUCAGCGGCUGUUACAGCUCUGAUAUAUUAGCUGCGAUGGAUGUGGCAAUCAGGGACGGAGUCGAUGUCCUCUCCCUCUCGCUCGGCGGCUUUCCAAUCCCCAUUUACGCAGAUACCAUUGCUAUUGGGAGCUUCCGCGCAGUUGAGCGGGGUGUAUCGGUCGUAUGCGCAGCUGGAAACAAUGGGCCACUCCCGAACUCGGUCGCCAACGAAGCUCCAUGGAUUCUAACCAUAGGUGCGGGCACGCUUGACCGGAGAUUCCCGGCAAUCAUUCGGUUGGGCAACCGGAAGUUCCUGUAUGGAGAAUCCAUCAACCUGGCGAGGGACCAUUCGAGGACGUCUAGUGAAGAGCUUGAGUUGAUUUACGUCACCGGCGGCAACACGGGGAGCGAAUUUUGCUUCCAAGGGUCACUCCCUAGAGAAAAGGUUCGUGGCAAGAUGGUCGUCUGCGACCGCGGAGUAAAUGGGAGGUCGGAGAAGGGCCAAGUCGUGAAGGAAGCGGGUGGGGCCGCGAUGAUCCUAGCGAAUACCGAGAUAAACCUCGAAGAGAACUCGGUGGAGGUCCACGUGUUGCCAGCGACGGCAAUCGGAUAUUCGGAGUCCAUCCUCUUGAAGGCCUACAUUAACUCCACCGCGAGGCCGAGGGCCAGGAUCGAGUUCGGUGGGACCGUCAUUGGGAGAAGCCGAGCGCCGACGGUGGCUCAAUUCUCGUCCCGAGGGCCAAGCCUGACUAAUCCUACAAUCCUGAAGCCUGAUGUGAUUGCUCCAGGAGUCAACAUUAUUGCUGCUUGGCCUCAAAACUUAGGCCCAAGCGGGCUUCCUGAAGAUUCCAGGAGAGUGAACUUCACAGUCAUGUCAGGGACUUCCAUGGCCUGCCCUCACGUCGGCGGGAUUGCUGCUCUGAUCCGGUCCAUCCACCCUGGGUGGACCCCAGCGGCCAUCAAAUCGGCAAUCAUGACGACCUCGGACACGACCGACCACUCAGGGAAGCCGAUCAUGGACGGAAACAAACCAGCGGGGAUCUUUGCCAUGGGGUCAGGGCACGUGAACCCGGCGAGAGCCAUCGACCCAGGAUUGAUCUACGACAUCAACCCAGACGACUACAUUACCCAUCUGUGCACAUUAGGCUACACAAAUUUCGACAUCUUCACCAUCACUCACCGAAAUGUCAGCUGUCGCGAGCUCUUGAGAACAAACAGGGGAUUCAGCCUGAAUUACCCUUCGAUUUCCGUGAUUUUUAAGGAUGGGACGAGGAGGAAGAUGGUCAGGCGGUGGGUCACGAAUGUGGGCGAGCCGAAUUCCGUAUACUCAGUGGAAGUGGCGGCGCCUGAGGAGCUAAGCUUGAGAGUCAGGCCAAGGAGGCUUGUGUUCAGGCACAGGAACCAGACUUUGAGCUACAGAGUGUGGUUUAUAGCAAGGAAGAGAGCUGGGACUCCAAAACUGAGCUAUUCUCAGGGACAUUUGACUUGGGUUCAUUCUGGCCAAGGUGUUCACAGAGUGAGAAGCCCCAUCUCAGUGACUUGGAAGCACUAGGAACCCGGAAUUUUUUUUUUUUUUGCGCUCUAGGCCUAUUCACAAAGCUCGAUUUCUUAUUGAAUAUUCGCAGCGACGUUAAUCGAUUAGGAGGAUGAAUUUGAAUUGGGUCAUGGUUUCUUUACCAUGAUGAGUGUUAGCAAAAUAAAACUAAAAUCGGUUUCUCAGGA